AGAUUGGUUCUUUUCUUCUUUGCCAAACUUUAUUCUUGGCCUAUUUGCCAUUUCUCAGUCCCUCCUCUUCCUUAUUUUCUCUGCAACCCUGUAUUUCUUUCUUUCUUUCUCUCAUUCCAUAACUCUUUCCUUCUUUUUUUCUCUCUCUCACACUUUCUGCUACUCGCUUUCUCUACCCCGUUCUUUCUCUAGUCCCCACCCUUCUCUUUCGAAUUUCCCUUCGCCUCUUCACAUUUACUCUUCUAAUAAUACCACAUCCACCCUCUUUACCAUCUUUCUCCAGCUUCCUUCGUCUUCUUUCCUCGUCCCCACCAACCCGCUCAUUCUCUCUCUCUCUCUCUCUCUCUCGUCCUCUCUGUCUAUCUCCAAAGCUCCUACCCCGACUUCACCCAUCGCCUGACACCUCACAAAAGCAGGGGAAAAGGUUUCAAAGACCCUGGCGUCGCUUCGUAUCGUCUGGACUCUUAUUUUGCUAUUCUCUUCAUUUAGAUCUGACAUCUUAAUAAGUCUCACCCCACCCCGUAUCUGUCUUCAGACUCUUUCGCUGCUACAUUCGACACCCGUUUAACAUACCCCGAACAAAACUCUUGGAUACUCCGAUGGUCGUUUUUUACAUGAACUCUGUAAAAUGAAGCAAUCAUUCAGUUUGCACAGGGAACAAAUCCGUCCAUUUAGUCUUUUGGAUUAUGUGCUCUUUGGACUCACCCUUGCUAUAUCCUCUGGAAUCGGUGUCUUCUAUGCAAUAUGGGAUCGAAACAAGAAGAGCACAAACAACUUCUUAUUGGCCGGUGGCAACAUGUCUGUCUUUCCAGUUGCAAUGUCACUUUUGGUCAGCUUCAUGUCGGCCAUAACAUUACUUGGAGCGCCGGCCGAGAUUUACAAUGUGAACACCAUGUACAUGUGGAUGAGUAUCUCGUAUUUUGUUGCCAUUUUUCUGGCAGCACACAUCUACGUACCAAUAUUCUACCGACUGAAGAUUACAAGUAUUUAUGAAUAUCUUGAACUCCGAUUCAGUAAAGGAAUCCGUUUAAUUGGCUCCGUCAUCCAUUGUAUAUUAAUGCUGAUGUAUAUGGCUAUAGUAUUGUAUGGCCCAGCUUUGGCCCUCAAUGCAGUUACAGGUUUCUCUCUCUGGUACUCAGUCCUCAGCGUUGGUCUCGUCUGCACGUUUUACACAUCAUUGGGUGGCAUGAAAGCUGUUCUAUGGACCGACACUUUCCAGUCUGUCCUAAUGAUUUCUGGUCUACUUCUUGUGCUUAUCAUGGGAAGCCAAGAGGUUGGUGGUAUGGGUCAAGCCAUUGCCGUUGCCAGUAAAAACCAGAGAAUUGUUUUCAGUGAUUUCAGUUUCGAUCCACGAGUUCGCCACACGUUUUGGUCAUUUUUGAUUGGUGGAAGUUUACUGUGGGCGGGUAUUUAUGGAACCAAUCAGGCGCAAGUUCAAAGGUCAUUUGCAUUACCUUCUCUCAGAAAAGCACAAAUAGCGAUCUGGUUGAAUUUCCCAGGGCUUGUACUCAUCCUUAUCCUCUGUGGUUUGAUAGGGAUCGUUAUGUAUGCCUUCUACAGUUCCUGUGACCCCAAAUCAAUCAAAUUAAUCAGUGCAUCAGACCAGUUACUACCCCUGUUUGUGAUGGAUACCCUGGGACAUUUCUCUGGGGUUCCUGGGAUGUUCCUGGCUACCAUCUUUAGUGGCACACUCAGUUCUGUUGCAACGGGAAUGAAUUCAAUGUCAGCUGUGAUCUUACAAGACUUUCUUCGGCCAAUUUGUUUGAGAAAUGUUUCUGAGAAAACUGCAACCCGGACAACGAGACUUGUUGCUGUAUUUCUUGGACUCCUCUGCUUGGUGGUCACCUAUGGAGCGUCCCAACUGGGUGGUAUACUUCAGGCCUCGCUGUCACUUUAUGGCACCCUCAGUGCACCAAUCCUUGGUCUCUAUUCUCUUGGAAUGUUGGUACCAUGGGCAAACUAUUGGGGUGCCUAUGCUGGUUUGUUCUGUAGCAUUGGUUUAAUGUCUUGGAUCUCCGUUGGACAAUAUGUCAGUAAGCUGCCCCGUGAGCAUUCACCAUUCCAUAUCCAUGGAUGUAAUUGGAACAGAACUUGGACAAACCAGACUCUACUCACCUCAGACACACUCACCUUCUCUGAUCUGCAAGGUUACCAAAACAUGACGCUCGUCUUUCAAGACGUAGAUCGGUCUGGUUUAAACGGCCUGUACAGCCUCUCUUACCUUUGGUACAACUUCACUGCGUUCCUUGUGGUCUUCAUAAUCGCCAUACCAACCAGUUUUCUUACCGGUCCUUCUGAUCCCAGAAAACUGGACCCUCGUCUCAUCUGUCCCAUCUUUGAUAUACUCUGUCCAUUCCUGCCAAAACAUACUCGGAAAACACUGCACUUUGGGGUCAGACAUGAAGGGAAAUACGACAGUGAAACUACCGAGAACAAACUGUUCCAUGGAACACCGAUGUCUUCUCACCAACAGAUGGCAGCACGUGCCUACAGAUAACUGAGGGUUUGAACUCCUUCG